AUGGACAUGGAUGGCAAUGUUGUGAAGGUGAUAAAGGACGGAGGCAGCAUCGGGUUGCUAUCCACAAGCAUGGACGGCAUAGUCUGCGUCACCGAUGCUUAUUCUGAGGACGCUCACGUGAUUGACCUAGCCACGGGGGAUGUGCUCGUAGACUGCCCAAAAUCGAGGCCUAAAUCAAGAGGCGGCAUGUUGACGUGCUUCUGUGGUUUCGGUCGCGCCGUGCCGUCCGGCAUGUACAAGGUGCUCCGCCUUUGGUCGGAUAAAACCUGUGAGGUCCUCACUGUAGGAGAAGACAUAGAGUGGAGGUGGAUGGAGUCGUCUCCAACUAAGAUAAGCUCUCCUCUUGCUGUCAAUGGCAACAUUUACUUUUUGAUCUCAUGGUACCUAGAUUGUGACUGUUUAGUUUGCUUCGAGCUCGAGAGCGAACAGUGGAAGGAACCAAUCAAAGGCCCAAUGAGCACAAUGGAUUCCGGGCCAUGGAGUAGGAGCGGAAAAGUUUGCAUAACUGAGCUCAACGGUUCUCUAUGUGUGGUUCGGUUGGUGGAACAAAUGACAAUAUGGCUCAUGACCGAAUCCAAUGAAGAUAGGUGGAUCAAAAUGUACACGGUCACAAUGGCCCCAUCCACCUAUUGUGCUAGGCCUCUGUGGGUUACACGCGAUGGUGGAAAAUUGAUCUUCUACUCUUGGCUACAUGGACAAGCACCGGUACUCCAAGUUUAUGAUCCUCGCUCCGAGACAUGUUCAACGCUGCGGGAACUAGAAUAUGACGUUGAGGUAAUUCGUCUUUGCAGCUUGCAGUUGAACCGUUUUGUCAUGAGGAAGAUUUGA